AAGAUUAUUCUAUAUUAUUAUUGCAAAAUUCUGUUCAUUUAUCUUCGAUGUGGAGUUCAUAGUAUUUUAUGCAUAAUACAUAUUUAACAAUCAAGUCGUCGAUAUGGCGUUGAGUGAUAAAGAUAAGACAGUCGAAAUAUUUACAGUCGAAGAUGAAAAAUACGACAAAAGUGAUGCCAUUCACUUCUCGGAUGCUUUGGAAAAGACAGGUUUCGGAAUAUUUAACUAUUCGAUAAUCUUGCUCGGAGGCGUAGUGAUGACUUGUACCUUAUAUGAAACAGCUUCAGUUGGUUUUAUACUCCCGAUUGCCGAAUGUGAUCUUAAUUUGACAAAUCGAGAUAAGGGCAUCUUGAGUACUAUUGGAUAUGUUGGAAUUAUUGUCAGUUCACAUAUGUGGGGAUUUCUGGCAGACACCAAAGGCAGACGAGCCGUAAUAUUACCUUCCCUGUUUAUGGGCUGUGCUGUGUCUAUAUUUUCCAGUUUUUCACCCCGAUUUUGGUUGCUUAUUGUUUUGAAAUUUACCAAUGGAUUUUUUAUUUCUGCAUCCUAUGCAACGUUUUUUGUAUACAUUGGAGAGUUUCAUAUUGAUCGUACAAGAACCGGAGCAAUUAUGGCAGCUUCGUGUAUAUUUUCGGUGGGGGCCAUGCUCUUGCCAGUAGUUGGCUGGGGAGUCAUCAAUCAGAAUUGGUCAUUGCCAUUGCCAUUUCUCGGAAUAGUCUACAAACCAUGGAGACUUUUAAUAUUAGUUUGUGCAUGUCCGGGAAUUCUUGCAGUUAUUAUCUUACUUUUUCUUCCGGAAAGUCCAAAAUUUCUUCUUUCCAUUGGUAAAAAAGAGGAAGCCAUCAAAGUAAUUAAGAAGAUGUAUAGGUGGAACAGAAAAAGUGGAGAUUUACAAAUUAAUGAUAUCAUCCCUGAAAAAGACACCACAGUCCAAAACUUAAGUGAACCAUCAAUAAAUACUUCCAGCAGUCUAUUAAAAGCUUUUUUAAACACGUUAUGGAAACAGACUGUGCCACUUUUUCAAAAAAAUUUACUCCUCUCUACCGUUCUUAUUUGUAAUAUUCAAUUUUGGAUGUACGUUACUAUUCAUGGAAUGUUCAUGUGGUAUCCCUUUAUCACCGAUAUUAUGGUAAACGCAAUGAGUAGCAAUUCAACAAGUAAUGCUACUAGAAUUUGUGAUGCGGUUCAUGCUAAUCAGUUAAAGCUUGUUACGGAAGAAGAUCAUCAUUGUGUUGAACAACUACAAGAUAAAACUUUUAUAUAUUCCGUUACGAUGGAGUUCUGUUUCUUUGUAGGAUUUAUUAUCAUUGGUUUAUUGGAUCGAAAAGUUCAAAAGAAUUGUAUUCUCUUUUCUUUAUUAUUUGUAUUUGGAGUUUGCGGGGUUCUGACAAAUUUUAUAUACAAUGCAACUGUGGCUUUAAUUGUGUUUAAUAUGUUUUUCCUAUCAGGAGCUGGAAUUCAAGUUUUAAGUGGAAUAACAAUCGAAUUAUAUCCGACACAUUUGAGGGGCAUGGCAGUUUGUAUCUCAAUGAUGUUUGGCCGUUUAGGUGGUGUUGCUGGGGCAAAUGCUGCCGGAUUUUUAUUGCCUUACAAUUGCGAGUUGACAUUUUAUAUUGCCGGAGCUGGACUGAUAGCAUCGGCGUUUUCAACUUUCUUGAUACCGAAAGUAACACACAGUGAAAAAAUGGUGUCAUAAAUCCUUAAAAUACAAAAAAAAAAACAAAUAUCGUUUUUACACUACUUGGUACAAUUUAUUUUGACAUAACGAAAGUGACGUAUAGGGUGUGACAAAAAAAUAAACGCACAUUAAAAAAUAAUGAAAA